UAAUGAGCUGGCUGCUUGCAUCACCGUGCGGUGGUGACGUGUGGCGUCUGGGAGCUGUCCCAGGAAUCAUGGUGCUGAAGCUGCAGCACCGAUUCAGCAGCCAAUGAUCACAGGAGAUUCCGGGGCUACGGAUGCUUUCACCCAGUGCAGGACAGUCCGACUAUCGUGCUGGAUUUUACCGGAGGGAUUUAAACCCAUCGGCUUGCUCCUCGGACAUGGAAAUUCGAUAAUUUUUUUGGGGGGGGAUGUAAGCUUCACACAGACUUGUCGGGCGACCUGCAGUCUGGCAGGAGAUCUGUGGAGGGAGAGAGAAAGAAGAAAAAAAAAAAUCCUGAAACUGUGAGUCGUAUAGAAAUCGGGGGUAGCUCGCCAGGUAAGACAGAUUUCGCUACCCUAACAUGGCCAUCGAUUGACUUGAUUUGCCUUGAGAGCCGUCGACAGUAAUAAGCAGAGAUCUGUUGGUGUUUUAAAUAAAUUGUGUCCUUUCUUUUUUUUGUGUGUUGUUUAAGAUUGAGUGCUGACAUUUUGUUUUGUAGUCUACAUCAGUUCACUGUACCAAAGGCAGAUUUGAUUCCUGUUUUCUUUUUUCUUUUUUUGCACUCGUCGUGAAUCUGGAGGGAGAAGCCUGUCGAGAUAGUUUAUGUUGUACAGAGCAGGCAGACUAUUAAGGCCAUGAAAUGACAGUGGACAUUGAGUGAAUGGGCCAUAGCCUUAUUACUUGAAUGCAUAUUCCUCUCAAUCUAACAUCUGACUCUCCUCUUUUAGCUCAUUUAUUGAACUUAAUGGCUUCAGACACUUGUUUGCAUCGAUGGGAUUUAUUUACUGUUUGGAUUUACAUUCACGUGGGAAGACAAUAAAAGACUUUGAGUUAGAAUAUACUACAUAGAAAACUAAAAGGCUGCUUUACACACCACCAAGCGCCGGGAAACGCACCCUCUACCCUCCACUUAUCCCAUCUCACGACAUAUGAAGAAGUGUUUGCUCAUGACGGGGACACAUACAGUACAUGCUGUUUUCUUCCAGCACCUUUGCAUGGUGCUGUGAGUUACUGGCCGGAGACAGUCUGAUGUUGCGCAGCCAGGGCAUGCUGAAGAGCCGCUGUUGCGUCCUGCUCGGUGACCUGAGGGUGCUCCUGCUCGGGCCACCGGCACCGCCGACACCGCUGCCUCCGCUGACCCCCAUGAGCGGCCAAACUACUGAAAGCCAUGAGACAGGCGUCACCGUCCCCGACAACAACAACACGUUAACGCGGAGCCACCAGCACGCGGGGGACCGGGUUGCUCCACCUGCAGCGGGAGCCACCACCGGGCCACCACCGGGCGGAGAGCGACUGGGCUGGGUUGAUGCUGCAGAGCUUUCGGCGGCCCUGCGCGGCUGCAGCAGCUCCUCUGAUGACUGCUCAAAGGGCAAACUGGAGGAGAGGUUCUCCCUCACCAGCUACACAGAAAGUGGCUUCAGGACGCCUGUGUGCAGGAUCUGCUUCCAGGGACCAGAACAUGGGGAGCUCUUGAGCCCAUGUCGAUGCAGUGGGUCAGUACGUUGCACCCACCAGCCCUGCCUCAUCAAGUGGAUCAGCGAGAGAGGGUCCUGGGCCUGUGAGCUCUGCUACUACAAAUAUCAGGUCAUUGCCAUCAGCACCAAGAACCCACUACAGUGGCAGGCCAUCUCCCUGACGGUGAUAGAGAAAGUGCAGAUAGCAGCAGCCAUCUUGGGCUCCCUGUUCCUGAUGGCCAGUAUCUCCUGGCUGGUGUGGUCUUCUUUCAGCCCGUCAGCCCGCUGGCAACGACAAGAUCUGCUUUUCCAGAUCUGCUACGGGAUGUACGGUUUCAUGGAUGUCGUCUGCAUCGCACUAAUUGUCCACGAGGGACCUUCUGUGUUUCGUAUCUUCCACCGCUGGCAGGCUGUAAACCAGCAGUGGAAAGUCCUGAACUAUGAUAAGUCUAUGGACAGCGAUGACCUGAAGAACACCACUGUGGACAGGACUCUGUCUCAGCCCAGCCCGGGUUAUCAGACUGGAGUAGGAGUGUCCACCUCCACCUCCUCACUGAUGGUGGUAGCCUCCACAGCCGCUGGUUCCACUUCUACUACCGUGGUGACGGCUGCAGGAGGACUGGGAGCACAUGUGGACCCCAAUAACGGCAGUGUAGUGCCAGACCAACACUGUCCCUACAAUAUCCUCCACCUCCUCAGCCACCUGAGGCAACCGGAGGCCCGCAGCCAACCCAGCAAUAGCACACGAGAGCUGGUCAUGAGAGUCACUACAGUCUGAGGAGCCAGUUGAGGCCUUAACUCACAUGGAGGUGAAAAAUUUAUGAACCAGCAGACAGUUGAAAAAGAAAAAGUCUUAUCCUAACUGCACUGGAUUAUUACCAUGUUGUUGUUUGUUUCAAAAUGCAUCUCUGAUGUCCUUACAUGGAUUGAAUAAAAGUCAAAGUUGUUUGAUUUGCA